AUGACGGUGGCAGCGAAUCCUGUGGCCUCGGGUCUGGGUACGCUGGCGGUCUUGAUUUUCGGCCGCAUCCUGCCAACCGCUAUUGUCUAUUGCCUUGCCAAAUUCGCCUACCAGGCUGUGUACUACCGCUUUUUUCAUGAAUUGUCCAAGUUUCCAGGCCCCUUUUGGGCAAGUGCUACGCGGCUGUACAUCACGUACUGGAAUCUGAAGGAGAGUGAACAUGUUCAUAUGCUUGAUCUUCAUCGCGAAUAUGGACCCGUUGUUCGGAUCACACCAACAUUGCUUGUCGUCGGUGAUGCAACGAAACUGCCAGUCGUUUACAGUCGCAAUGUCAACAAAUCCAAGCAUUACAUCACCGGCAGCUUCGGCAAGACCGAGAGUGUUUUCAACAUGCAGGACAAUCGUCAGCAUGCAGAGCACCGCAAGCUCAUAGCUGGUCCGUAUAGUUUCUCAAACAUCAGGAAGAUGGAGCCUCUGAUAGACGCGCGUAUGAAUGACUGGAUCAAUGCGAUGGACAAGAAAUUUUGCUCCUCGGGUGAGACCUUCGAUUUUGCACCGUGGGCAGUCUAUAUGGCUUAUGACAUUAUAUCGGAAAUCGGCUUUGGUGCUCCCUUCGGCUUCGUCGACUCGGGCUCAGAUGUUGGCGGUCUUAUUCAAGGCUUCCACGAUGGCCUACCAGCUUUCGGACUGCUGGCUCGUCUCCAUCCGUUCACCACUUGGAUCAAGAACACUUGGGUUGGGGAGAAGUAUCUGGUUGCCAAACCCGAAGAUCAAAGCGGCAUCGGAACUUUGAUGCGGUUCCGCGAUCGCCUCAUUGAGGAACGUCUUGCAGACAUUGCGGCUGGUACCACAGGCGGUCGGAUUGACCUGCUUCAGACCUUCCUCGAUGCACGCGACGAGAAUGGUAAAGCAAUGGAGAUGGACUGGAUCAAGGCUGAAGUGCUACUUGUGCUCCUUGCUGGUGCUGAUACCACAGGUACUUCCUUUCAAGGAAUGGUCUGUAUGGUGAUGAGCAAGCCGGAAGUGUACAAGAAGCUUAUGGCGGAGUUGGAUCAGGCUACGGCUGCGGGGCACCUCUCGACCAUGCCACAGUACGAAGAAGUCCUCGCUCACUGCCCGUACUACGUUGCUUGUGUCAAGGAGACUAUGCGUCUGUGGCCAUCGGCGCCCAACAUCUUUCCGCGUGUGGUCGGAAAAGGUGGUUUACAGCUUUUCAACCACUUUGCACCAGAAGGCACCGAAAUCUCAUGCAACCCCUGGGUCCUCGGCCGUGACCAGAAUCUCUACGGUGCAGAUGCUGCCGAGUUCCGGCCCGACAGGUGGCUCGAGAGUGACCAAGCUGCCAAAGAAUUCGACAAAUACAAUAUGGUCUUCGGCUACGGGCCACGAAUUUGCCUGGGCAAAGACAUUGCAUGA